GUAUCUUUUUUUUUGUUUUGGCGCCAGCAGGUAAAAAAUACAUCUUAUCUGUACUCUAUAUAAUCGCUGAGUUACCAAUCGCUAAAUAACAUGUGUAUAACGGGCAUGUCGGUUGUCCCUUGAAAACAAUGAGAACACUCCUCGGCCCAGUGAUCAGAUUAACCAGAGCUGCAAACCUUUGCCCGCACAAUAGCCAUCAGUACUCGUCCUACGUGAGCCACAACGCAAUUUUGGCUGGUCGACCAGCCGCUGCAGUAGUUUCUGCUACUACUCAUCGCAAUCAUCAUCUGUUGCUGUUGUCAAUUCGAAAAAUGGCGUCAGAGGUGGAGAAGGCCCAAACCGCGACUCCCAGUGGCGACACGAUUUUCGGCAAAAUACUCCGCAAGGAGAUCCCCUGCAACUUCAUUUACGAGGACGAUCAGUGCGUAGCCUUCCAAGAUGUCAACCCGCAGGCUCCAAAGCACUUCCUCGUGAUACCACGCAAGCCGAUCCCCCAGCUGUCAAAGGCCGAUGACAAGGACGAAGCUCUGCUCGGCCAUCUCAUGAUCGUCGCUCGCAGACUUGCCAAAGAACAGGGCCUGGACGAGGGCUUUCGUCUCGUCAUAAACGACGGCAAGGACGGCUCUCAGUCUGUGUAUCACCUUCACCUGCACGUGCUCGGUGGACGCCAAAUGCAGUGGCCACCUGGUUAAUGUAAUUUCUCUCUUGUCACUCGUGCAAGUCAAGUGUGUAUAUCUUUUAUACUGAUGUAACGAGCAAAUGGUGUUGUGAAAAGUUGCGUGUAUUUC